AUGGGCGUGACGGGGGCGCUCGAGAAGGUCGCUGGCUUCAAACCCGCCUCGGAUCCGACCUUCGACGCCGCAAGCGAUGUCAUGAAUAUCACGAUGACAGGGCACAGUCUUAGGGGGUCGCAGGCGCCUGGUCCGCCUGUGCCGACCGGCGCGGCUGCGAGCGGCAACGACCCUGUUCGCGACUACUCGCGUUUCGGCGGCCCUUCGACGGUGCCCACGCGUCGUGCCGCGCUGAUGCUGAGGGAGGUGGCCAUGCGGGGCGAGGAGCAGCGACUCCGCGGGCUGUCGCCGGCUUAUUUUGCGCGCCAGCAGCAGCUGCAGCAGCUGCGAGAGGCAGUGCGUGUCGGAUCUGACAUUCUGACGCGCAAGAGCGCUUCUCCAGACGAGUCAAGCAGGCUGACUGAAACAGCACAGGCCGUCCACGACCUUCACGAGGCGAUUGAGGCGGUGCGUCCGCCACUCUCCGGCGCGAUGAAGCCAGACGACGAGAAGAAGAUGUCCAAGGCUCGCGCGCUCGAAGAGGAGCUGAAAGCCGAGCGUCUGCGCGCGGCCGAUGCUGUGGCUGAGCGGCGGCGCGUCGAAGCCGUCGAUCGCCUUCGAGCCGCAAUGUGUCCUCGACUGGACGACGAGCCUCUCGCCGAGAGGAUGCAUCUGCUCGAGGUGGCAAUCAGCGAGGCCGAGGAAGAGGACGCUGCCGCGCAGGAUGCUGCGCUGCUCGUCGAGGCAGCAGCGCGGCUGGAUGCGCUACGUGAGGCGCGGGCGGAGGAGCUGCGAAAGGAGGCCGAGGCAAACGCGGCGGCAAGAGCGGCGGCCAGAAAGGCGGCGGCCAUCGCCCAGCUUCGAGCCGUGCUCGCGGAGAGUGUCGACGGGCCUGUCGAUCGCCGGCUGCGUCGGCUGGAGGCGGCGCUGUGCGAGGUGAAGGCGUCCGGCGUGAUCGAGCUGUGGACUCCAUCCGGCGUGAUCGUGCACGUGGACGGAGAGCCCCAAGUCGAGCACGAGUUGCUCGAGGAGGCAGCUCGCCUCGAAACAGCGCUUGCGCACGAGCGACAGGAGGAGCAGGCUCGCGCGGCAGCGGCGGCGGAGGCGGCCAGACAGGCGGCGGCGGAGGCGCGUGCAGCGUCCAGAAAGAAGGCCGCCAUCGAGCGGUUGAGCGAGGCGGUCGACAGAGCAGACGAGGCGGUCGACAGCGCGGACGAGAACGAGCACGAGGGAGAUCUUGAGGACGUGCUCACGCUCAAGGACGUGCUGGAGGAGCUGCAGACGGCGCUGUGCGAGGCGAAAAACGCCGGCGUGACGCCUGAUGUGCCGGUGCACAACAGCACGGGAGGGGACGGACUGCUUGCCGCGGCGCGUGAGCUGUUGGUCGCAGUGAAGGCGGCGCACUGGGCGCGGGCCAUGCGGCUGCCACGGGACGAGUGCGCGGUGGCACUUUGCGAAUGCAACCGACCGCACGAGAUGGGAGAGCUCGGGUACCACGUGUGCCGCUUUUACGGCUUCUUCUCAUGUCGAAGCUGCGGCAACGACUGGGAGAGCGGGCGCACACACGUCGAUCUCGGCCGCAAGGCUUGCAGCGAGACGCAGUUCGGUUGCCCGCCGGUCGCGUGCGACGGACCGUACCCACCGUGGUGCGUCAUCGAGUCGCUGCCGUGCACCGACCCUGACCCUGAUUCCGGCGGAGAUUGGAUUCAUUGCGAGCCGGAGUAUUCGCCACCGCCGCCGCCGCCGCCCUUUUCUUUUCUUCGCAUCGGCGCCCUCUUGCCGCGGCAGCUGCCAAGCGGCGAGUUGAUGCACCUUGGCCGGGCAGAGGAGCUGACGUCCGUGCUCAUGGCAAUCGAGGAAAUCAACAACAAAACAGACGGCGUGGCGGACGAUCUGCUUCCAAACACGCAGCUUUUGCUCGCGCAGCUGGACUCGCGCUGCGACCCGGCAUUCGGCAGCGACGCGGCCUACCAGCUACUGCACCACGCGUUUGACGGCGCCGGCUGCGACGCGCUGGUUGGUGCAUACUGCUCAAGCGCGUCCAUCCCCGCUGCGAGGCUGGCGGAGCUGACGGCCACCCCGCAGGUCUCUCACUCCUCUCAGAGCCCGGAAUUGAGCGGCGACGACUUUCCCUUCUUUGCGCGGGUUGUCACCUCUGACUCCCUCAUGGCUGUGGCUUUGGCUGAGGCCACUCGAAAUCUCCUCGGCGUCAAGCGCGUGGCCACCAUUGCGUGCACGGACGCAUACUGCACCGCCGGCGUGGCGGCCUUUGAGGCGGCUGCGUCUGCUCAAGGAAUCACCGUCCUUGAGUCCGUCCGCUUCGAAAACGGUCAGAGCAACCUCGGCGAGCCCCUCGCUGCUUUGCGCGCCUCGUGUGCGACCGUCUUUGUCACCAUUGCUCAAGCAGAGGAUGCAGAUCGCCUUUUGGAGCAAGCCCUCGGUGCACGGCUCGUCGGCCCUGAAUUCACCUGGGUUGGCGACAUCGGUCUGUUAGGAGGGCUGGGCUCACUGGCCGGCCGUGGCCUCCCCGUGGACGAUUUCCGCGGAAUACUCGCGAUCACAAACUCAAUUGCGCCAAGCGUGGCGUACGACGGCUACGCCUCUCGCAAGCGCGCGCGGCCAUCCACGCUCGGCGACGGGACAAAUUGCGACCCGGCAGACGACGACGAGGGGCACAAACUCUGGUCAGUUGAUACGGAUGAGGAUAGAGCGCCACGCUGCUUCGGUGCCAACAAUCAGUUUCCCGAGAGCGUCUAUGCCCCGAGAGCUUACGACGCUGUGUACGCUGUGGCGCACGCAGUCCAAGCGCUGGUGGACGACCCGUUGGUUCAGCGUAUCGACGGCGACGCUUUGAUGGCGGCCCUUCUCGCCGUCCGGUUCGAGGGCGUGACGGGCAAAAUCUCCUUCUCGUCCGAGCCGGCCACCCUCGGCGAUCGCGCGGAUGGCGUCCUUUACGACGUGUUGAACGUGAACGCGUCAGGCGCGUGGGUCAAGCUGGGCACCUGGCAGCCGGCCGACAACUGGGAGCAGAGCUUUGCCGGCAACGGUCAGGCGCUGACGAGGCCAACGCCCGACAACAGCAAGCCGCCAGAACUCGUGGGCGAUACGCUGCGCGUCGGAGUCUUUUGUGAUCAUUCGCCUUUGUCCUUCGUAUACGAGCAAUGCCAGCACAUGAUGCACAUCAUUGACCGGAUCAAUGACAAGAAGGACGGCUUCCUCGAUGACUUACUUCCGGAUCACAGGCUCUUUUACUCUAUGGUUCAGGCAGGGGUCGGUUGUGAAGAGACUGAGGAAUCCAUGCGAAGCAAAUUCGAUCAGCUGUAUUCCGACUUGAAUGGAGUCGUCGCCACCAUCGGCCCGUUCUGCUCGGAUGACGUGGCUGCUGUGACAGCCGCCGAGUGGCGCGCUGGAGCCGACAUCUCCACCGUUGUGCUCUCGCCGUCGUCGACGGCUCCGAUCUUGGCGAACGUGGGCGCAUACCCGAACCUGUUGCGCCUCUCGAGCAACGACAAGCACAUCGCGUCUGCCCUUGCAGCACUCGCAGAGCGGCUGAGAUGGCAAGCCAUUUGCGUGCUCCAUGACGACAGUCUAUGGGGACGUGGGGCCAUGCAGUCUUUCACCUCAGCCUUUGAGAGCUCAGGUGGGAAAGUCGUGAACAAUGGUACGGCGGAAUUUUCCAAGGCAGCUUUUGACGGCGGCAACUUGACAGGGAGCAACCUGCUCGACCAGCUCGAAGACUGCCCUUCGCAAAUCAUCCUCCUUGUUGCCUACCCGGCUGCGCAGCGGGCGGUGUUUGCUGCCGCCUAUGACGAAGACCGGCUUUGGGGGCCGGGCUACGCUUGGCUCAACGCGUAUCCGGCUGAGUCGGCCUUCUACAAUGCAGAUGGCUCGGUGAACACCGCGUCCGACCUCAGCCUCAAGUAUCGGGCGCUGUGGGAUGAGGUGUCGAGCAGUCAAGGCUGCACCAACAUGAGCCCGCAGUCCCGACCCUUCUGCGACCACGACGACGACGCCUCGACCCUUCCCGAUUACACGGCAAUGCACGUGGAUGCAGUGAUCAAGCUCGCAGUCUCUGCCGAUGCUACGAUCCGCAACGGCUCACGGCCAGAAGACGCAGAUGCGCUGUUUGCGACGAUGCUGGCAGCUGACACCGUUACGGGGCUGAGUGGGCCUAAUGUUUUCGACGCCAGCGGAGAUCGACUCGGCACCUUAAACGUGCUCAACUACCGGCUGCUCACCGAAGCUUCUCAGUCAGGGCGCCGCCUUGGCGUAUUUCUACCGCGUUCGUUGCUUGAGUUCUCAAUCGUGGGCAGCUACUCUACCGCAACCUCGACGCUGCAGCUACCAGACGUUGGCGCUCUCGUCUUUUCGGGAGGGUCGACGGAGGUGCCACAGCACUCCUCCCCUCCUCCGCCGCCUCCGCCGCCAUCACCUCCUCCUGAGCCGCCGUUGAGCACUGGAGUACUCGUCGUGAUCGUCUUGCUUUCGUUCCUGACCCCCGUCGUCGUGAUUUGGGUCGCCGUUCGAGAGUGGCGCCGUCGGCGGGAGCGCGAGCACGAACGGACAAGACGGCAGUGGCUGAGAUAUCUCUCAACGGGACAGCCCGUGCAGCUGGAGCCGCUCACAGACGGCAACAAGUACCAUCUCUUUCUGUCCCAUUCGUGGCUUUCCGGACAGGAUGCUGUCCGAGUGAUGAAGGAACGGCUGCUCGAUCUGUUGCCAGACACGAAGAUCUUUCUCGACGUGGACGACUUGGCGUCCGGGCGAGGCGCAGCCGAGGUUGCUGUGUCCAAGAUCCUCAUCGUCUUUAUGUCGGAUGGCUACCUCACGCGCCCCAACACCGUGCGCGAACUGCUUCGGGCGAUGACCCUUGAAAAGAGCAUCAUCACCGUCUUCGAUGAGCGCAGCGUCUACAUGGACAAAGAUGUGCUCAGAGCAGCGAUCGACGCAGCUUGCCUGAACCUUUCGAGGUGGGCUCUCGACGGCGCCUUGGCGAGCUGGGGCACAGAGGUCCCAACUGCGGCCGACAUCUUUGCUGCGCUGACAGCCCGGCCUCUGCUGUGGACUCGUGUUCCAGCUUUCAUGAACGUCACUUUGCACGCGUGCGUGACACCGCUGGUUCAGCCCAAGGCGCCCAUGAUGCAAUCUGUCCCGUCUUGGGCGCCCAUGUUGCGACCAAGCGCAGACGGGAAAGCGGUUCUCUCCCCGGAGGCGCUCGAGCGCGCAAUCGAGAUGACGCAGACUGCUGCUGAGCCUGGCGCGGCGGCUUCGAUGAGGCUGUACACGCGAGCCGGCAUCAGCUUCACCUGGCAGAGGCUCCGCGUUGGAGAGAGCUUUCGAAUCUACGCCAGCCCACACAACCCCGGCGCGCUCGAGCUCACCCAGGAGCUGUCUUGCCUGCUGCAGCACCUCGACAUAGAGCUCGAAGUGACGACCUCCGUCGCCGACCUCACGGCCUGCAGCCACAUGCUGCUGUACCUCGACAAGCGCACCUGGACGGACGAUGACCAGCGGAUAGCCGCGCUCUCGAGCGACGUGAAGGCCGCCCUGGCCAGGCGCGUCCACCUGCUUCUGGUUCACGAGAGCGAGCCGUUUGAGUACAUGGAGGGCAGCCACGCCGGCGUCAAGUUCGACGACCUCCUUGACUGCGUGGAUGGCGGCACCCCCAUAGAGCUGCUUCAGCGACAGGUCUACUCGGAGGUUGCGGUGCCGCUCAAAGAAGGCAUCUAUCGGCCCGCAAGCCUGCUGCUGCUCGCACGCGCUGUCAGCGACCAGACGCGGGCUUCGGCGCUGCGACAGCUCACUUCUUCGUCCAAAGAGCUGCGCCUGCCCUCUACGACUUUGGCGGAGGGCAGUGCAAGUCUGAUGAGCCGGACGAAACAUGACCGCUCGAGCCGGCAGAGCACCACACUACAUGGACGGAGGGCGCUCCCUCUCUGAGGGUUACCUGCCCGGCAUUUGGGCACCACUUCUCUUUGCUCACUCUACAGUCGUUGCCAAGGUAAGCUAGCAUCUUUGGUACGGCUGUGAGCGCAGCCGCCUCGUCCUCUGUCGUCCUAGAUAAUGUACAAUUGCAAUUGU